AUGGCAGGUGGGAAUGUGAGCAAAGGCUCGUCCAAAACCGCCGCUGCGGCAGCCUUGCACGGCGUCCUACCGUCCUCCCAGCAGGGCGAAGAGAAAAGCGAAGCCGAAGACACAAAUUACACUCAAUUCGAUGUCACAAUUGACACAGUGAACGUCACCCUUUCGUUUACAAAGUGGUUUAAUGGAAAGGGGCUCCUACGGGACGUGGAGGUGAAGGGCAUACGCGGAGUAGUGGACCGGACUCAUGUAUACUGGUCCGACGAGAAUGUCGACCCAAAGUCUUAUCGCCAUGAGCACAACCCAGGCGAUUUCGAAAUUGACUCCUUCAAGAUGGAGGAUGUUCUCGUCACAGUUUACCAACCAAAGAACUUCCGCCCCUUUUCCGUCAGCAUUUUUACAUGUCACCUACCGCAGUUGAGGCGUCAGUGGCUUUUUUACGACUUUUUAUCCGCAAAUAUCAUGUCGGGAUCGUUUGACAACUCGCUGUUUACGAUCCACCCCCGACAAACCCACAGUUACACAGGAGCGCAAUUGAUCAAUGGGGUAGAGGAGAGCGGGAAAUCCAGUCCUUGGAAGAAGCACAGCCGAAUCCGCAUUGAUGGACUCAACAUUGACCAUCUCAACCGCGGUGUCGAAGGUCCUUUCUCCUGGAUCCACGAAGGAAACGUGGAUAUCGUGGCGGAUAUCAUGUUCCCAGCGGAGAACGACGAAAGCCUGGCCAAGGUUAUGGCCGAUUUUUAUGACCGCUUAGAAGCCACGGUCACGUCCAAUCGCUACCAGGUCACCUCAGAGCCUCUGUCCGUUAACCCGGAGAAUCAUGCUGACACCGCCGCGGCUACGACAAGCAAGAAGAACGACAAGCGGUUCCUCGUCACCGACCUUCGCAUCGACUUGACUAACGUGAGAGCGGUGGUACCUCUUUUCACACGAGACCUUUCGUACAUCAACAAUGCACUCAUCCGGCCGAUUGUGGCGUACAUCAACUCUAAACGUACAUUUAUCCCGAUCCAAUGCCGCCUUGUAAAGCGAUGGGCUGAUGGACGAUUUAUCAGCAGAGGCAAGUUUCUCGUCAAAACAUACGAGGCUUUCGCGAGAGAUGUCGUCGAUGAGCAGGCGCGAAAACGACGGCUCAAGAAAGUUGGUCUUUGGUCGCUCCAGCUUGCGGCUCAGGCAAUCUUCAUGGGAAUGGCGGGCAACAUUGCCUAG